GCUUGGAUCAGUCAGUGUCGGACCGUCAAACGUGAAAGUAAUAUCUGAAUAUCUGCAAGCUACAGAACACAUCCGCCAAUUUCACAAUCAGUUCGCCUCUUCGGUUGCAGCGCAGUCAGUUCGAGAUGGAUAAACUCAAUGAAGUCAUCAGCAAUCAAAAAAUGCCUCCACCACCGCCGUACUCCGUACUGGAAGAAACAAUCAGCAGUCAACCUGGCCAAUAUGCCGCACCAAUGCAGCAGGUACAGCAGCAGGUCGUCACCUAUCCAUCUGGAUUGGAGCACCUGGCCGAAACGGAAAUGAUCAGGUUCAAACAGGAGGUGCAAAUAGUACAGUUGAUCUGUGGCUGCGAUAUGCCUAUUAAUUUUGACUUGAUCAACGAGAAUGAUCAGAUUAUCUACAAGAUACAGGAGCAGGAGAAUUUCUGCGCAAGAAACUGCAUCCCUCAGGGAUUUCGAACCGAGUCCAGUAUGGUUAAGACAAAUGGAUUACUGGCGCUUCAGUUUAGUAGAGAGACACGAUGUGUGAUGAAUUGCUGUUUGCCCUGCUGCUGUUAUCCUUUGCCAUUCAGUAGAGAGCGGAUGACCGUGUCCAGCGGAACAGGAACGGUGUACGGGACUGUCCAGCACGACUGGUCUGCUUGGAGAUCGCGUUUUAGCGUUCUGAAUAAUCAAGAUAGCGUAGUGAUGAAGAUUGAAGGUCCGGGAUGCAAUUUUGGCUUCUUUGGCGAUCUAGAAUACAAAAUUGUUACUCCGGGUGGCGUAGAGAUUGGAAGCAUCGUUAAGCGUUGGAACGGAUUACUGUGUGAGGUGGUAGCGGACUUCGAUGAUUUCACUAUCACCUUUCCACGUGAUUUGGACAUUACCAUGAAAGCCACCCUCAUUGGAGCUGUUAAAUUGAUUAACUUCCUCUUCUUCCAAGGAUCGUUACGAAGACUUAUCUGCGGCACCACUUGUGGUUCUCUGAACGCGAUGGUUAGAGUACAACCACACUAAGUUCUGGGGACGAAACAUUUCGUUCUUAUUAACGAUGAUUUAUAUGUAUAAUGGUUUACAUACCUCAUGGUGCAUGUAUUACAUAGCAACAGUUAUUAUGCUAUGUUGCUUACCGUAUUAUAAUUUUCUGUAAUAAAACAUCGUUAUUUCGGGUACGAUUUAUUCCAAUAA